GUCCUUUGUCUCUGGAAACUGUUUGGAAAUCUCCCCGGAAUGCUCUCAAUACGAUCGUGUGUACUGUGGAGCCGGCGUCCAGAAGGAGCACGAAGAUUACAUGAAGAACUUGCUGAAAGUCGGCGGGGUUCUUGUCAUGCCCCUGGAGGAGAAGCUGACGAAGAUUACUCGAACCGGCCCUUCCGCCUGGCAGACCAAGAAAAUCUUGGCUGUCUCCUUUGCUCCUCUGAUCCAACCCAACCAUUUAGAUUCAGGGAAGUCAAGACUGGUUCAUUUGCCCCCGGUGAUGGUUCGCAGCCUACAGGACCUGGCUCGCAUCGCCAUCCGCGGCACCAUUAAAAAGGUGAUCCAUCAAGAAACAGCCAGCAAAAACGGGAACGGCCUCCGGAACCCACCGAGGUUUAAACGGCGGCGCAUCCGGCACCGCCGGAUGGAAACCAUCGUCUUCUUGGACAAAGAGGUGUUUGCGAGCCGGAUCUCCAACCCUUUGGAGGACAACAAUUGUGAGGAAUUGGAGGAAGAUUGCCGGGAAGAGGUGGAGAAGCCGAUGCCGGAACUGAAGCCCGAGCCGGCUACAAACAUCUUGAGAGAAAAGAUUCUCAGCCUUCCUCUCCCGGAUCCUUUGAAAUAUUACCUGCUUUAUUAUAGAGAGAAAUAGGAGCCUUGGGAAGCGUAUCGAUCCGUCGGGGAGGGAGGCCGGACAAUAAAACACUCAGUAGGGCUGACCAACAGAAGGCCACUUGCUUGCCUUUCCACACCAACCACCCCCGUGGGGGUGAGAGCUAAACUGGGGGAAGACGGCUGCCAGGAAUUUAAAAACGGGAUAGCCUCUUUUAUUUUAUUUUAUUUUUCUCCCCCCAGAUCCUUUCCCUUGAUUUGUGCGCUCCGGUUUUGUCCUAAGCAGAACUUCCUUGGUGGGGAAGAGAAUGCAGCAAGACGAUCCCAUAUUAUCUGACGGAAGGGAAGGGUUUCGUUCCCGUUUAAAAAGAAAAAUACCUGAAAGGAAAAUCACACAUUUGCUGAAAUACCUGUGAAUAUCUCUUCUGUUUUUUUCGUUUGUUUGUCCGAUCCUUCGUUCCUCCCCCUCUCUCUCUCCCUCCCCCUUCUCUCUCUCCCCCCUAUUUCUCCCU